AUGGCACGGCUUAUUGACGAGGCGAAUGUACCAAGUCCACGGUCCGAAGCUGGAAAUUAUGACGACGACUUGACAACACAAUCAAGUUACCAUCUCGAGGUGAGAAGACUUGUACAGAUCGGCAGGAGACUGCGACCAUCUUCGUCUUUAUACCGACGUCAAGGACGGAAAGUUAAGCUAGCUUAUGAUCACCUGAUGCGCCCUAGGUUGACUACAGGUCAAGCAGUACAGUGUCAGUGUAUCUCAUGUCAGCGUGUCGGCAUGGCAACAGAUAUCGAGAUCACUUUCAUUGGUUGGGGUUAUGCGGGUCGAAUGGGCGACCUCGAGAGAAUGCAGGCAAUCGGCAAAUUGGCAAAUCGAGUGUCACGAAAAGACUUUCGUUGCGAAUCCCUCCUCAAUCCGCCCAUUAAGGUGGUUCGCCAUUUUCAUGUGUGUGUGUGUGUGUGUGUGUGUGCAUAUGGCAUUCUCUUGAGGGACGGUCGACGAAGUGGGGCAAAGGGCACUUUGCGCAAUCAGCGUGACGUAAGAAUUUUGUGUGCUAGUACCAGAUUCAGUCGGAAAUACAAACAUACCUACAGACAGGCCUACAAUGUAAACCCUCCCCUGCCCGUCAGCAUGUCUACAUGUGCGCAUGUCAGCGUGUCUGCUGGUACACAUGUCCGUCUGCCCUAUCAUCUACUCGCUUGUACGAAUGCAGCUGUAUCUGCCAGCUCUCUCUCAUACCGCUGCUCCUCUUUUGCUUCUAUUUGCUCGCCUGUAUGUGAACACGUGUGUGUGUGUGUAUGCGUGUUUUUGUCUGCCUGCUUGCAUUCCUCGCUUCAAUUAGAGCCACAGAUUCGCUUAUUACCGCCAUUCCGUCCGUCUCUCUUCACUCUGCACUCUGCACACUCCACUCCCACUCCGACUCACAGUUCGGAUCUCGGUAGCUGUAUUAAUGGUGGCUGGUUCGUGCUAAAGGCGCGUUGUGAUUUGGCAUUUGUGUAG